CUGAUUAGCAAUGGAGAACGUCUUUCUAGUUUCAGUUGCUAUAAUCUUGGGCUUUGCAUUAACAUGUUCAGGAACUGUGUAUACCGUGGGCGAUAGGUCUGGCUGGGAUAUUAGUACAGAUGUUGAUACAUGGUCGAAGGACAAGAUUUUUCAAGUUGGAGAUGUUCUAUUGUUUCAAUAUUCAUCUUACCACAGUGUAAGCGAGGUAACACAGCCAAAUUACGAGGGGUGCAACACGACCAAUGUACUACAAACGAGUAGUAAUGGGAACACAUCAAUUCCUUUGAAGAAUCCUGGUGACAGAUACUUUGUCUGUGGAAACAGGUUACACUGUCUAGGAGGAAUGAAACUUCAUGUACAUGUACAAGAUGAUCGAGCCCCAUCACCAGCAUCUGCACCUGAAGCAGAGGCAGGGGGGUCCCUGCCCCCUGGUUCUACUAAGAACAAUAACCCUCCUAGUUCAGCCAUUUUCAACCGAGUUGGGAAGGUUGAUUUCCUUUUUCAUGGCAUUUUGGGGCUUGUAUUGUGUAUUAUUUGUUGUGGUGUCGUGUGAAUUUUAAACAAUUUCGCCUCUUGAUGGGAAUUA